AUGUCGAGAGCGCAAAGACAACACAGCAGAUGCAUCAAGACUCUAUUGUGCCAGCCCCGCCGCUGCGCACUCCACGCCUGCCUGUACCCGUCCUGCCCGGCCCCGCGCGCCGACGAUCCGCUCCUCGUCUCCGCGAGCCAGUUCUGUACGGGCCACGAGUGCCGGGCUGCGGGAUGUCACGGCGCCGCGAGACCGAACGCAAGUUUCUGCGACGCGGUCCACGCCUGCGUCGUUCCCGGGUGCCCUUCCCCGCGCGGAGUUGGUACCAGUGGCGAACUCGGAGCCGGUGGCUCCGGAUCGGUAUGCUGCGCCUUACACACGGCUAUGAUUGCCCGCGACACCGCGGGCUGGAGCACUGCUACCGAGCGCAAGAACGUGCCCACGCCGCCUUCCUCCCCGCUGCCGCAGAGACAGAAGCAAAGAUUCCCGUACCUCAGUCAGACGGAGGAGGCGCUGGGAAUGCGGUUCAAGGAAGAGAGAGAGAGGCAUGAUCAGGAGGCUAGACUUGCGGAGGAGACGAGGGCUUGGCAUGCUGUUACCACGGCUGCUGCUGCUCGGGGCGGAAACGGUGAGAUUGAGGUUGUUGGGGGGGUUGGAGACAAGGGGCAAGAGGCAUAG